AUGUUAAAAAAAUUACAGGAAAAAUAUCCUCAUCCAGAAGGUAUUUUCACCAGAAGACUUAAAACUGUUCAAAUAGUUGAUAAAAGUAAUGAAUGUUACUUUGUGAACCUUAACAUAUCUGACUUAAAUCAAAAGAAAGAAAAUAAAAUUUGUAAUGUUAUUUUUAACCAACUUUACUCACUUUUGGGUGAUAGCACUUUUAUGUCUCCUGAAGAG